AUGUGGUGGGAAAUUAUGUUUGGUGUUUUUCUCACGUGUGUUUUGCUGCUGCAAGGUUUAUCUGGUGUUGAUUCAGAGAAAGUGUCAGUGAUGGAGAGAGAUUCAGUCACGCUACACACUGGCAUCAAAACAAAUCAAGACAGAAUGAAUUGGUUUUUUAAUGGCAUUCGCAUCGCUCGGAUCAGUGGAGAUCAGAGUAAGAUCUGUGAAGAUACUGAGUGUCCUGAGAGAUUCAGAGACAGACUGAAGCUGGAUAAUGUGACUGGAUCUCUGACCAUCACAGACAUCACAAACACAGACUCUGGAGAAUAUAAACUAGAUAUCAUCAGCCGCAGGAGUGAAAAGACCUUCAGUGUUUCUGUUCAUGGUUUAUCUGGUGCUGAUUCAGAGAAAGUGUCAGUGAUGGAGGGAGAUUCAGUCACGCUACACACUGGCAUCAAAACAAAUCAAGACAGAAUACAUUGGUAUUUUUAUACUGAUCGUAUCGCUUGGAUCAGUGGAGAUCAGAGUAAGAUCUGUGCAGAUGUUGAGUGUCCUGAGAGAUUCAGAGACAGACUGAAGCUGGAUAAUGUGACUGGAUCUCUGACCAUCACAGACAUCACAAACACAGACUCUGGAGAAUAUAAACUAGAUAUCAACAGCCGCAGGAGUGAAAAGAUCUUCAGUGUUUCUGUUCAUGAUGCUCCUGUCGCUGAUCGAGAAGAAAUAAAGUCAGUGAAGGAGGGAGAAUCUGUCACUUUAGAUCCUGGUGUCAUGAACAACACAAAUUAUUUGAUCACGUUUCUUUUUAAUGACGUCCUCAUCGCUGAAAUCAAUGGAGAACCCAGUAAGACCUGCACAGAUGUUCAGUGUGAUAAAGGUAAUGAGAGAUUCAGAGACAGACUGAAGGUUAAUCAGACUGGAUCUUUGACCAUCAUGAACACCAGAAACACAGACUCUGGAGAAUAUAAACUACAGAUCAUCAUCAUCAGCAGCAGCAGCUUCAGUAUUAGGAGGAGCAGGAGUUUCAGUCUUACUGUCACUGGUUCAGGUCUGUCUCUAGCUGUUGUAGCAGGAAUAUGUGCAGCUCUAGUUAUUCUGCUCGUGACUGCAGCUGCUGCUGUUGUAAAGUAUCUUGAGCAAAAGAAAGGAAGUGGGGCGGAGCCAAAUCAAGCUCAGGAGAAUCAUAUUAAAAACUCAUCCGUUAGUAAGACUGAGGCUGCUGCUAAUGGAGCGUCCUGUGAAAAGACUGAGACUGCCACUGAAAUACCACCUUAGCGUUAUUUAUUAUUUUAUUUUUCUUGAAGGGUCGACUGAAGAGACGAUGGUAAAUGAGAAAAUUUAAUCAAACUCACUCAAACAGUAGUCCACGUAUAUUUCCAGUUACAUAAACGUUGCUUCCAAAAAGACAGUUAAGCAGGAAACCAGCAAUAAAGAAACGAAGCAGCACAUUAGCAGCAGAAGAACAGGGAGUGCUUGAGGAUUUCAGUAUUUAGAGGUUUAUUUAAACUGCAAUAGUGACCAAGAGCAGUGAACAAAUUAUGUUUUAUGAUUUGCAUCGUAAUGCCUUUUGCAUUGAUGUACUGUGUCAGUUAUUUUUAUUCCAUCUGUUUACAUCCUCUUUAACUGACUGUUUACAUGAAUACCUUGCCAAAACAGUCAUUAUGACAAGGAAAUGUAUUUGACUGAACAAGGCCUCGUACUGUAAGACACAAGUGCACUUCACAUACUAUAGUUUCCAUUACUGCUUACAUUAUUGUGCUCUUGACAUCUCACUGCCUCGACAUAUUUGAUUUGUGAAACAAUGUGGUUUCAGAUUGUUACAGUUUGUUCAUAGUCUUAUACUUUGGAUAAUAAUGGAAUCUCAAAAAGUAUCAGAAAAUUUAAUCUCGCCUGAAAUGUUGUAUUGAUAUUUCAUGAGGUGCUGUUUAGAUAGUCUUACUGCCAAAAGCUUGAGUUUCAUGUGAGGAUUUUCUUUUCAAUCUGUCUCUCAGUUCUGUUCAUGCAUUUUGAUCUCAGAGUACACUGGUACGAUUUGUCUCUCUAAACUACGCCUCUGUCCACACGCAGUCUUCAAAACAAGCAACAGAAAACGAUGCAGGUCAAUCAACCAGGGCCCGGUUUCUCGAUAACGCUCACUCUUAGCGCGCUAAGAAGAUCUCAAAAGAUAUAUCUUACCAAAGUUGUUUAUGUUCCUAAGUG